GGGACAUGCUAAAAAUACCACAUGACGUCGUUCAGCUACUGUCUCUGACGGUACAUGGUCGGUGGUCAAUGUACACUGAGAAAACGAGGCCCCCGGGAGGAAUGAGAAACUGCAACGAGACCAUCAUUGGCGACAUCCUCAACUACACAUGCGUUAAUAGCACCGAUGACCGAUAUCGUCAAUACCGAAACGCCGACGCACAGGACCGUGUAGACCAUGAGCGGAUUACCCGGGUCAUGAGAUCAAGCUACACUUAUUGGGAGGGAGCCUACGACAGCUGGGCGACCAUGCAAAUGAAAAUGUGCAAGGCAUGUCACGACAGCACGCAUCGUGGUGGCUGGGUCGUGUUUGACCUCCAGUACGCCGACGUCCAUAACAUCUGUAACACUAAUUUCGUACAAGGUUUCGGCUACGUCCGCCGCAUUAAGGACUACAUGUUGAAACCGAUGACCGAGUGUGUUAUGAACGAGACGGUUGAUAUCGUCGAAAGGGGUAUAAGACAGGAGUGGCUGUUGCCUCCUUCAUAGGCGUGUGUUGUAUGUUCAAUUGAUACAGUGGGCAGUCGAGUCUCGCUUCAUAUUUAUGUUGUAGAGGUGCUAAUGGUCGCAGAUAGAAACAUAGAUUAAAGUGCAACGAGGUUUUGAUUUGAA